AUGGCGGAUCUCCCGGCCCCUUCUCCUGGUUCGAGUGGUGAACCCACCAAAUUUGACCUCGAUGAGAUGAUCGCCUACGUCUUGCAGUGCAAACCCCUCAACGAGCGCCAGAUCCUCCAAGUCUGCGAAAAAGGCAAGGAAGUCCUGCAAACGGAGGCCAACGUGCACACCGUCCACGCCCCCAUCACCAUCUGCGGCGAUGUUCACGGGCAAUUUCACGAUUUGUUGGAGCUUUUUAAGAUCGGCGGGCUCCCACCCGAUACGAAUUAUCUUUUUAUGGGGGAUUAUGUUGAUCGGGGCUACUACAGUGUGGAGUCGGUGACGUUGUUGUUGUUGUAUAAAAUUCGUUAUCCCGAGCGAAUGCACAUCCUCCGCGGGAAUCACGAGUCCCGCCAGAUCACCCAGGUUUAUGGGUUUUACGACGAAUGUGUGCGAAAAUACGGCAGUGCGAGUGUGUGGAAAGGGUUGACGGAUUUAUUUGACUUUUUGCCGCUCUCGGCGGUGGUGGCGGGGGAAAUUUUUUGUCUGCACGGUGGCCUUUCCCCGACCUUGGACUCCCUCGCACACAUCCAAAGCCUGGAUCGUCGGCAGGAGGUCCCGCAUGAGGGGCCGAUGUGCGAUUUGCUCUGGUCCGACCCGGAAGAGCGGGACGGGUGGGGGAUCAGCCCCCGUGGCGCCGGAUUUACCUUUGGCGCCGACAUGACGGAGCAGUUUUGCCAUAAUAAUGGCCUCAAAACCAUCGCACGGGCCCAUCAACUCGUAAUGGAUGGCUAUAGUUGGGCCCAUCAGGAGCGCUUGGUCACCAUCUUCAGCGCGCCGAAUUAUUGCUAUCGCUGUGGGAACCUGGCGGGGCUGUUGGAGUUGGAUGAGCACAUGAAUAAAUGUUUUUUUCAAUUCGACCCGGCCCCGCGGCGUGGGGAGGCGCAAGUGUCGAAGAAAACCCCGGAUUACUUUUUGUGA